AUGAGGAACUUGCUUCAUGGCAUUUCCAAACACAAGUUUGCAGUGGUGCAGCUGUGCUGGUGGCUAGCCAGCAGUGAUUGUAACUGGGGCAAGGAGAAACUCUCCCGUUACUACAAGAACAUUGGCCUGGGCUUCAAGACCCCCAAAGAGGCCAUUGAGGGCACUUACAUUGACAAGAAAUGCCCGUUCACUGGUAAUGUCUCUAUUCGUGGUCGUAUCCUGUCAGGUGUGGUUACCAAGAUGAAGAUGCAGCGUACCAUCGUCAUCCGCAGGGAUUACUUACACUAUAUCCGCAAGUACAACCGUUUUGAGAAACGCCACAAGAAUAUGUCCGUACAUCUCUCUCCCUGCUUCAGGGAUGUCCAGAUUGGGGAUAUUGUGACUGUGGGGGAAUGCCGUCCCCUCAGCAAGACAGUCCGAUUCAACGUCCUCAAGGUCACAAAGGCUGCUGGCACCAAGAAGCAGUUCCAGAAGUUUUAAAGGCGACAAAUGGAUGAUCAGGAUGAAUAAAACCUUUGUAAAAAUGAAAAAAA